AUAGCACUAACAUAUCUUUGAUCACUUCUGGUUCAAUAUAGAUAAGUUGGUUCCUGAUGGUACUUAUUAAAAUUAGAUAUUUGGCCUGUUCUAUCCUAUUCCCUUAGUAUAUAAAAGAUGAAAAAGCGAAUCAGUGAUUCAAUUUUAUCAUUUUUUCUUUCUCUUGAGGAAAAAUGGAAGCCUCUCAUUUGAACCAAAAACUCCAUAAUCAUGCUCGUUCUAACAGUUUGCCCUCAAAACCACACCCUCUCAUUCUACAAUGCAAAGAACACUUGGCCACAUUAGGAUCAUCUCUUUCCACAUCUUCUUCAUCACUCAGCUUCAAGCUAAGUACCCUACUUGAUUUGCAUGGUUGCAUUGAAAACUUAGUUCAACUUGGUGCAACUCAAGAAGCACUUGGAAAGGAACCUCGAGAAAAAUGGAUGGAUGAGCUCUUGGAUGGAUCUUUAGGGAUCCUAGAUGCAUGUACAUCUGCCAAAGAAGCACUGCAUCACACAAAAGAGUGCAUCCGGGAACUUCAUUCGACUGUAAGAAAACGAAGAAGAGGAGGCGAAAUGGAGCUUCUAGUAGAGGCAAGAAGAUUCUUGACCUCUAGAAAGGUGGGAAAGAAGGCCAUCUUGAAGGCCUUGGUGAAUUUGAAGGGAGGUGAAAAUAAAUGCAAUUCCUCCCUCACCAACAAAGACUCUGAAAAUAUGGCAUUGAUUAACUUGUUAAAAGGUGGUGAAAUGAUCACUCUUUCUGUAUUUGAAUCACUUUUGAGGCUUAUUUCAGGAUCAACACAAUCAAAACAAGGAAGCUGGAAGUUUGUUUCAAAGCUAAUACAUAGAAAAAGGAUAACUUCUUGCAUACUUGAAGCAGAAAAUGAUAAUGAAUUCGCAAAGCUUGAUGCUGAAUUACAAUCCAUGAUCCUCACGGAAAGAAGAUCUCAAAAAGUCAAUGAUCUGCGGAACCAUUUGGAAAAAUUGGAGUCUAGAAUCCAUGAGCUUGAAGAAGGACUUGAUUUUCUGUUCAGGCGUUUAAUCAAAAUCAGAGUUUCCCUUCUUAACAUCCUUAAUCAUUAGUUCAACAUGCCAGAGGCAUCCAAUUUUUGUAAAUGCCAUGGAUUUUAGUCCCCCCAUAUGCAGCUAUAGAUGCUUUCUUCAUUG